GGAGAAAAGGCACGUUUUCCUUAGCGACAAUAACUCCACAAUGAUGGCAGAGGAAGAAACCGAAAAGUUCUACCUUCAGAAGGAACAGAUAGUUGUAGACUCAGAUGAAGAGUACCAGUAUGAAGAGGUUCCCAUUGAUGAAAUAUUUAUUGGGGCAGAAGGGGAAGAGGACCUUGACGUAGCAGUAAGGACCAUCAGAGAAGCAGAGGAGGAUGCCUUGGCAACAACUCGCACAGUGAUCAGUUUUAGGUCAGAUGAGUCUCAGAAAGAGGCUAAGGCCUCCGUUACCCAGCGACCUGAGGUUGUGGAUGAUUUUGUGCGUAAUUUCCUUGUACGGAUGAAUAUGGAUAAGACUUUGGAAUGUUUCCAAACAGAAUGGUAUGAGCUGCAGCAGAGAGGCCUGCUCCAUGAAGAAGACAUUGGUGUGGUACCUGACAUUUACAGCAGGAACCAAGACCUGGACAACGAUGUCAAGUUCCUCAAACAGGAGGUCAACAAAUAUAAAGAGGCAGCCAUGAGAGCAAAGGAGACUUAUGUUAAAUUAAGAAAGGAGAGAGAUUAUCAUAGAAUGCAUCAUAAACGAGUUGUACAAGAAAAAAAUAAGCUCAUCAAUGACAUCAAGAGACUAAAGCGACAUUACGCCCAGUAUGAGCCGACACUUCAGCAGCUGAAGAAGAAGUAUGAAGUGGCGAUGAAAGAGAAGAUGUUGUCCAAGUUAGAGAAGGACCGCGCCGUGGGGCAGGUGGCUGGACUUCAGAGUACACUAAAAAGCAUGGAGUCCUUCAAGGGGACACCACCUGGUGGCUUCCAAGCAGCUACUCAGUCUGGUAAGCGGAGGAAUUGGGAGGUGGAUGAGCAGGGAAUGGGCCCCACCCAGAGGACUUUAUCAAUGGAGAGGAUGAAGGCUAUGUCGGGGGAUAUGAGGGACGUUCCAGAAAACUACAAGCGACACCCCAAUGAUUCAGAAUUCCCCAAAGACACAGGAAUUAAUCCAAUACUGGCUCAGAUCAAGGGACCCACUGGCCACUUAGCAAGGAGUGGAGGAUUUCGCUUGUCCAAUACUUUCCAGGCUCACUCACAUCCUAUCAGCAGUGUUGUACUACAUCCUCGUAAGCAGAUUUUGGCCACCACUAGUGAUGACCAAACCUGGAAGAUGUGGGCAGUGCCCAGUGGUGACAUCAUAAUGACAGGUGAAGGUCACACGGACUGGGUGUCAGACUGUGACUUCCAUCCUUCUGGUUCCAAAUUGGUGACUUCCAGUGGUGACACAACAGUGAAGAUCUGGGACUUUUCUAAGGCUGAGUGUGUACACACCUUUACAGACCACACACAUGCAGUCUGGGGUUGUACAUGGCACAGCUGCGGUGACUUUGUGGCUUCCUGUUCCAUGGACAAUACCUGUAAACUUUGGGAUCUGAACAGUCUCCGCUGUCGCUUUACAAUGCGGGGCCACGCAGACAGUGUCAACAGCAUCGAGUUUCUGCCAUACUCCAAUACCCUUCUCUCCUGCUCUGCAGACAAGACUCUGUCACUCUGGGAUGCUCGCACUGGACUUUGUGCACAAACAUUCUAUGGCCACAUGCAUUCUGUCAACAAUGCAACAUUCAGUCUUAAGGGUGAUACAGUGGUGUCUUGUGAUUCGUAUGGUACGGUCAAGCUAUGGGAUGUCAGGACAGUGGCGCCGAUGGUCAGUUUUGAUGUGGGACCACAUCCCGCCAAUAGAGUGGCCUUUGAUCCCACUGGAGCAGUGGUGGCUAUUGCCAGUAAUGAUGCCACAAUAAAGAUGUAUGAGGUCUCCAAUGGCAGGCUGGGUACCUUAGUGGGUCACGAGGAUGCCGUACAAUGUCUGAUGUUUGACAAGACUGGGGAAUUCAUGGUAUCUGGAGGAAGUGACAACACUGUCCGGAUCUGGUCAUAACAGCUUAUUCCAGAUCAUCAAUGUCAAAUCCAGACAACUCUAGGUUACUGACAUUUUUGUAGGUCAAAAGUGGGGUGGAGAUAUUUGCGUAGUCUGUGGACUUGCAUUGCAAUGUCUCUGCGAUAUUUAUAUGUCACAUUGUAUUGUAUUCCAGUUGUAUUUGAUAUGUUGAAGAUUAUAUUUUGAUUUUUUUUUUAUCUAUAAUGCAAACUGUAGAUUACUUAAUCAAUAGUCAUUACUUUGAUUCAUUGUAAUGUAAUUUGCUUUUGUAAAUGUCUUUACAUGAUAAUGUCAUAUUAAAACUCAAGACUGUG